ACUUGAAUACGUUCCGUACGGAAUGGUAACGUCUAUCCUAUAUAAAAUGGAGGAUCCAGUACACAGAGUUGAGACCACGAAGGAGAAGAGGAAUCAAGAAUGGCGAGCGGAGUAGGUCAAAUAGUGAAGAACAAGCAGGUGAAGCUGAAGGGGUAUGUGAAAGGUUUUCCUAAGGAAUCGGACCUGUACGUAACAUCUGAUAGCAGUAUCGAGCUCAGAGUGCCAGAUGGAUCUCCAGAAGGUACUAUUUUGGUGAAGAAUCUCUACUUGUCUGGCGAUCCUUACAUGCGAUUCCAUAUGGGGGAGUCCCAAAAACCCGACUUCCCUUCCUUCCCUCUUGACGCUCCCAUCAGCGGAUUUGGGGUUGCCAAAGUGUUGGAAUCUAAGAACCCAGAGUUUAAGGUGGGUGACUUAAUUUGGGGAUUCAGAAUUCAAUGGGAGGAGUACAGUCUUAUCACAAAACCUGAAGGUUUCUUCAAAAUCCACCACACUGAUGUUUCCUUGUCUUACUACACUGGGAUUCUUGGUAUGCCUGGAAUUACUGCGUACUUUGGUUUUAAUGAGGUUUGUUCUCCAAAGGAAGGAGAACAUGUCUUCAUUUCAGCGGCAUCUGGUGCUGUUGGUCAGCUUGUGGGGCAGUUUGCAAAGUUGAAGGGUUGUUAUGUUGUUGGAAGUGCUGGAAGUCGAGAAAAGGUUGAACUCUUGAAGACUAAGCUUGGAUUUGAUGAGGCUUUCAACUAUAAAGAAGAGCACGACUUCCUUGCAGCUUUGAAAAGGUUUUUCCCCAAAGGCAUAGACAUUUACUUUGAGAAUGUUGGAGGUAAAAUGCUUGAUGCAGUGCUCCUUAACAUGAGAGCACACGGUAGAAUUGUUGUAUGUGGAAUGAUCUCUCAGUACAAUCUUGAUCAUCCAGAACCUGUUUACAAUUUGGCGAGUGUGAUAUAUAAUCGUGUUCGUAUUGAGGGCUUUGUCUGUUUCGAUUACUUCUCCCGAUACUCAGAGUUGUUAGAUGCAGUGUUACCUUACAUAAGAGAAAAGAAGAUCAAUUAUCUAGAAGAUGUAGCUGAAGGCCUCGACAAUGGCCCUGCAGCUUUGGUAGGACUCUUCAGCGGCCGCAACAUAGGGAAGCAAGUAGUUGCUGUAGCUCAUGAAUGAUCUUAAAUGUAGUGGUGUGUAUGAUAUAUAUAUAUGUUGAGUCUUAUGCUUGAUAGUUGAUAAUAUAUAUCUUCUUUGCUGUUAUAAAGAGGGAACUAGAGAUAAUGAUGUAUGUAUAGAUCAGACAGAGAGAGAGAAUUAUGGAUAAAUGCAUUUGUUGGUGAUUGCAUUUGCAUGAGAUGAUCACUUUAAUUUUCUGAGAGAUUUGGUUAGAGCAUUAGAGGGUAACAGUUACAUAAGAGUGAAAGAAAAGAACUUUAUAGUGUGUGCUUGGGAGGUGAUGUGUUCUAAGGUGUUCAUCACCAAACUCAUGCUUGAGGGUGGAAAAAAAGUAUCCUCACUCAAAAAUAUUCUCUCAAUUGCCUUUCCUAUGUAAGAGCAUUCACAUUGGUAUCUUUUAA